UGGGAUGAUACAGACGGAAUUUUAGAGCAAAACGUAAUCCAGUUUAAUCUGACGGUAUAGUAUGUCACACAAGGCUGUAUCCAUUUGAUUUAGUCAUAGAGGAAUCUGGAAAAGGAAAAAGUGAGGUUUCACGGUUUAUGUGGCGGAGAGGGGUCGAUUGAUGCUUAUGGAAUCAUAGCCUUCACACAAUGACAAAAUGUUUAGACUGCAUGCAGACGGUACUAUCUUCUGCUUUUUUAUUUCUAUUUUCUUCCCUCCUUAUUGCAUUAUUUUUUCUUUUCUUCUAUUUCUGUUCUUCUGUUUUGCCAUCGAAACACAGUUCAGCAAAAUUAACCCAAGAUGCUUACUCAUUCCCAUGUUGAUGCAUUUAACCGUUACUUGAACACUACAGUAGGACGAGAAAAGCUUUGUCGUCUUGUUCAAUAUUUCGCUCGCUUUUACGCUUUUUACCUUCUCCGUAAUGGUGCCCCAAAGGAAACCAUUCAACGCUGGAGUGACCUCAAAUCACAUAUUGCAAACGGUCGUAAAUUCUUUCGUUUAUUAAAGCCCGUCGAAUUUGCCCAAGCAGGUGUCAAGAGCUUGGCUUUACAGGAUGAAGUUUUACGUAUUACUGCUUUUGCAAAGCAAUUCGGUAUGUGUUUCUAUUAUCUCAGUGAAGUCUUUGUAUUGACAUCUGCUAUCAACUUUUAUAAGCCUAAAAACCUCCAAAAAAUUGCUACAAUCGGACAAAGAUGCUGGUGGUUUGCCAUUGCUGCUUCUUUGAUAUCUGGAUUGUAUAAGCUUAAGCAAUUAAGCGUUCGUCAGCACAUACUCGACAAAUCUCGUAAAGCUCUGCUAAAUACUGAAGAGAAAUCAGAUGCACAAAUCGCUGAUUUGAGAGCUCAGGAGAAGAUAUUAGCCACUAUCUGUUUAUGUCUAUUUAGGGAUAAGUACAAUACUAAAUACGCGUUUGUUCAAGAUGCUGUGGAUAUCAUUAUCCCUUCGUCUAACUUGGGCUACUUGAAAGCCGAUGAUGGAAUUGUUGGUUUAGCAGGUAUUAUUACCUCUUUGAUGGCUAUGAACAGUCAAUGGAAGAAAUUGAAUGGUUGAGCACUGGGCAGAUAGCACGAAUGAAGUGAAAGGGUUUG